GUGUUUGCGUGUGUGUGUGUGUGUGUGUGUGUGUGUGUCUAUAUAUAUAUAUAAGCCUUGCGCAGGGCUUUCACUUCUUCUGAAAGCAGCUGCCGAAGCUGGGGAGCAUGAGGAUGAACACGAGCGAGCGGAACGUCUCGGCACGCUGCGAGCUGGACAUCCAGGUCACAGCCAUUCUCUUCCCCUGCCUGUACGGCCUUCUCUUCCUGGCAGCCGUGACGCUGAACAGCCUGGCAGCGUGGAUCUUCUUCCAGAUCCGCAGCAGCUCCACGUUCGUGGUGUACCUGAAGAAUGUGGUGGCAGCGGACCUGCUGAUGACGCUGGCCGUGCCCGUGAAGGUGCUGUCGGACGCGGGUGUGGGUGGCGUGCCCCUGCAGGCUUUCUACUGCCGCUACUCCGCUGUCCUCUUCUACGCCACCAUGUACAUCAGCAUCCUGCUGCUGGGCCUGAUUAGCCUGGACCGCUACCUCAAGAUCGUGCGGCCGUUCGGCAGGUGCGCCCUGCGGCGGGUGGGCGUGGGCCAGGCGCUGUGCACCGCUGUCUGGGCCGUCAUACUCAGCCUGGCACUGCCCAACGUGGUCCUGAGCAACCAGCCGGCGCGAGCGCCACUCGCCGGUGGGAAGCUGAAGUGCAGCAGCCUGAAGAGCAAGCUGGGACUUCGCUGGCACGAAGGCUUCAACUACCUGUGCCAGGUGGUGUUCUGGGGCACGCUGGGCCUCAUGGCCGUCUGCUACAGCUUCAUUAGCAGGAAGGUGUACAAGUCGUACCGUGCCUCGCAGGGCCGCUCCGGCACGGCCACCAAGCGCACCGAGGCCAAGGUGUUUGUGGUAGUGGGCGUGUUCUUUGUAUGCUUCGCCCCCUUCCACUUGGCCCGAGUGCCCUACACCCUCACUCAGACACGAAGCACGUCCAAGCACUGCUGGGCUCAGAACCAGCUCUACGUCGCUAAGGAGACCACGCUCUGGCUGUGCGCCACCAACGUGUGCCUGGACCCCCUCAUCUACGUAUUCCUGUGUCGGAUCUUCCGGAGGAAGCUGACUGCCACGCUCUGCCAGAGACCCCUGGGUAACAGCGGGCUGGAGUCUCCCACGGAGACAUCUACCAAGCAGGAGUUGUCUCACAUGGCACGUUUUAGCAAACCUUCGGAGCUUGGUGCUUAUUAGCAUCCCUUUGAUCCAGACAGAUGAGUUUUGCUUUGCUCAUCGGGCACAUGCCUGUUCUCAACAGCCGGAUUACGUCAAGGCAUAACUAAACUUUGAGCCGAAACUGAAAAAAGAGAUUGUACAAACAAGGAUUUUUUUUAGAUCCUAUUUUGAGGAACACAACUGAACACAACUGAACACAACUGAAACUUGAUAUUUCUGUGUCUGGUGGUUUUUGUUUCAGGCCUCUACUAGAUUAAAUGAACUAACUGAAUGGGCUUUACUGCCCAAUGAGUUUACACACUGAAUAAUGUUAUUAAAAGACCAGUAGCACAGUG